UGGCAACAUAGCGACAUGUUCCAGUCUGGCUGCGAGCAUUGUUUCGCUACGUCGCGUCGCUUAGCGCGUCGCUCCUCGUGUCAAAUUGCCAACAUGGAUAUGGAUAAAAACUUGCUGCUAGUCAAAAUGGUUGAAAAAUUUCCCUGCCUUUACAAAUCCGAUACUAUUGAGUACUCAACGAGAAAUUGUACGGAAAGGGCUUGGCGUGAAGUUAGUAAGGAGAUCAAAUUAUCGGAUAUCGAAUGCAGAGAGAAGUGGAGAAACCUGAGGUAUGGAUUACUGCGAAGUUUAAGGCCUACCAGAGAUGGCGCUGCGAAGAAGAAGUAUUACUUGCACGACGAAAUGGAGUUCCUUAUUCCCUACGUUCGAAUACCCGCAAAAAAGUCAAAGAAGAGGGUAAUAAAUUACAUCGAAGAAAUGGAAGACUUUAAUAAAGACGAACUCGAAGAUACUUUUGAGAAUGAUGGGUUUAACAUGUCCCACGAUGUAGACAGUUACAAUUUUGAUGACGAAGACCCUUUAAGAAAGAAAGCUAAAACAUACGAAACAAAAAACAGCUAUUGUGAACCAGACAGAAGUAACGUUAAUUUAGAGGACCCAAGAAAAAUGUUCCUUCUCAGCUUGUUACCUGAAAUCGCAGAUUUUUCUGAGAAUCAGAUGAAAACGUUCAGAAGAAGAAUCUUUGGACUGGUAGAUGAAAUAAAUGAAAUGGAAACAAACUCUAUAACUAUGAAAUCGGAACCUCUAUGAACUAUUCAUGCCCCAUGGCAACUGACAAAAUGUUAUUAAUUUCCCUUUUAUUUGUUAAAUUUUGAAAUUAAUAGCUAGUCAGUUAUUAUUGCAAUACGGGUUUUACUUACUAGCAUUCAGUUUUAAAUUUUUACAUUAUUCUACAUUUUUGGAAAGAUUCUGUAUGAAUUUUGUGAUUUUAAUGUCUGACACAGAAAUUGCAACAGUCACAAUCGCUUUGAAAUCUGCCAAAAGUAGUUUUACCUUACUUUUACCAAAUACUACACAGUGUUGAAGAUCAGAAAGAUCAAAGUUUAAUAAAUUAAUAUUCUCUGUUUAGGUGCAAAUUCUUAAAAAAUUAACAAGCCUUUAAAAAAUAUUAUAAUUUAUUUAUAAAUUAUAGUAUAAUUUGCUGCAAUAGAUGCAAUAGCAUAAAUAACUUUUUUCAAAUCUUUGGAAAAAUACAAAAUAAAUACGCUUCAGACAGUU